AUGAUAGAUCUUCCUAGACUUGAAGACUACGAUGUCUCUCCAAAAUCUGGGUUUAUUCCAGAAGAAUUGCCGCUAUCUAGGUUAACUUCAAAAUAUUUUGCACCUUGGGAAACACUGGCUGAAGUGUUACCAUCUUUAAUAUUGACUAAAAAAAUCAGAGCUCAAGUGGAAAAAUUACCGGUGCUAAGUAUUGAUCAAAUCAAAGGCAAUAAGAGAGAACUUAGAAGGGCUUAUUCGGUUUUAAGUUUCCUAACACAUGCUUAUGUAUGGAACGUUGAUGUCCCAACUGAUACUUUACCAAAAUCAUUAGCUCAGCCAUUACUUGAGGUUUCUAAAAUUUUAGAGCUUCCUCCAUUAGCUACUUACUCAGGUUUAGUAUUAUGGAAUUUCAGACCAAUUCUACCUCUUGAAGAUGGGGAAGAAUGGAGCUUGGAAAACUUGACCACAAUAAACACAUACACAGGAUCUAUUGAUGAAAGUUGGUUCUAUUUGGUCAGCGUAUAUUUUGAAUAUAAAGGUGCAAGCUGUAUAACUGAUGGGCUAGAUGCAAUUAAAGCCGUUAGAGAAAAUGACAAAGCAACAGUUAAAAAGAAUUUACAAAACUUAGCAGAAUCAAUUGAUAGACUAGGAUCCGUUUUGAUGAAGAUGGAAGAAAUGUGUGAUCCUCAUACUUUUUACUAUAGAAUAAGGCCAUAUUUGUCUGGAUGGCAAAACAUGAAAGAUGCAGGUUUACCAAAUGGUUUGAAAUAUGGUGAUGAAACGGAAUACAGAUCUUAUGCUGGUGGUUCGAAUGCACAAUCAUCAUUGAUUCAAACUUUAGAUUUAAUUCUCGGUGUUGAACAUUUCCCAACCGGUGAGAAAAGAGAAACAAAAUCAUCAAAAUCGAUUUCAUCCUUAUCUGGUACAAAUAAUUUCAUGAAUGAAAUGAAAAAAUAUAUGCCAGGACCUCAUCAAAGAUUUUUAGAACAUCUUGGUCAAGUUGCAAAUAUCAGAGAUUAUGUUAUGGAAACUGAUGACUCAGAAUUGACCUUAUCAUAUGAUGCAUGUCUUGCAAUGCUCAAGGCUUUCAGAGAUAAACAUAUUCAAAUUGUAACAAGAUAUAUCAUUUUACAAGCUAAAUUAUACAAAAAGGCUGGUUCAUCAAACACACUUAGAUCUGGGAUUUCCAAAAGUGCUGAAAAAUCAGAACAAAAGGGUACUGGUGGUACUUCACUGAUUCCAUUUUUGAAACAGUGUAGAGAUGAAACUGGUGAUCCUGCAGCUGGUGAUUGGGGUAAGAAAGUAUUAUCUUCAGGCAUGUUGAAUAACAAGUAUAAAGCAGAACCAGUAGCUAAAGACCAAGAUGAGCAUGUUAAUAAAAAACCUAAAUUAGGAUUAGCUGGUAAUUGGAAUGAUGGAGGUGAAGAGACAGGACACUGGUGA